AUGGAGGAUACAUUUUUUACUGUUAAUGAUGAAAAUUAUCAAGAUUUUACAAAUUCACUCUCUGAAUAUCUGGAAAAACAUCCUCUAAAAGUCAAAUAUUUUCUUCGACUAGCAUAUAAAGUUGCGGAAGUUAAUCCAUUACGAAUUUGGGUUAUUUCAGAAAUUUAUAAUAAUAUUUCAGAGAAAGCAAGAUCGAAUCUCUCGUUCCACGAGAAGUUGUACAGAGAUUCACCCCUUCAGCGUCUCUUAAAUGCGAAAAUACGACAAAGUAAAGGAUAUCCAGAUGCAGCAGCGAAAAUAAAAGAAAUUUGCGAUCUCAUACCAGAAAGUGCUAACCCAUUAGAGUAUUAUAUAGUUCAUGAUAUGCUUGACGAGCUUAUAGAAUUAUCAUGUAAUCCAAAUUUUCCUUUAAACCAACUUCAUCUCUGCUUAGCAGCAGAAUAUGGCGCAUGCAAAUGUUUUAAGUUUAUGAUGCAAUCAUUUCCAUUCGAUCCGAUUUGCUUAGAAUAUGCAAUCAAAGGAGGAAAUUUAGAAAUUUUCCGACUUGUUGUCCAGAGUGACUCAAAACUCACUAAUGCAUAUGAAUAUGCCAUUAAAUACCAUAAGAAUGACAUCGCAGAUUGGCUCAAACUCAAUUUCCGAUUCAAAGAUGAAAUAAGACCAGCAUCUUGCUUGGAUUGGAUGAAUACGCGGGCAUUCAUAUAUCAUAUGAGAAAGAAGAGCACGCAGUUCCUUUACACACCUCUAGAGAUGCUCAUUACCAAUGGAUUUUAUGAAGUUACGAAAGAAUUCAUCGAAAGAUUUGUAGACAAGCGAACAGUGAAUGAAGUCUACAAUUGGAAGGAUACGCCUUUGACAUUAGUAUGCCAUAAUGGGUGGCUUGACCUUGCAAAACUGCUUAUUGAUAAAGGUGCAGAUAUUACUUUGAAACAACCACUUAUUUCUGCAAUUUUUAGCCGUAAUUUCGAUCUUGUUGACUAUCUUAUUUCUCUUGGCUGCAAAUUGGACAGCGAAGUCAUUUCUCUCGCAAAAGAUCCACUGAUGAAAGAACAUUUAAGGAAUAAGCUCUUUGAAAGAGCGAAUUCGUAUCAGAAAAAGUAUAAAUAA